AUUUUGUUUAUCUAUGAUUCUAGCUUUGUAUAAGUUAUAACCUUCAAUUUAAAUCUUUCGUUUAAUGUUUGUAUUUAAGUUACAAUGUUUUAUUAUAUGAAAAUUGUAAUUUCUAAGUGAUACAUGCAGACAAAUAUAAAAGUGUAGUCAUUGUUUGGAUAGGUUGAACUUUGCUGCAUAACAAAAUUUUAUGAACUUUCUCAAAAAUGAAUUCUACAGACUUCCUUCGGUUAAAAGAGCAUAAGAUAUUUAAGGAAACCUGUGAAUCGUUGCCUAAAAAUAUUACAAAAACAUUGGACUUACUGGUAGUCCAUGAUAAUAUACUCUUCAGUUGGGACUUCCAAAUUAACUGUGUGUUAAGUCUGAACUUGAAAGCAGCAAGAAGUAAAGAAGGGGACAAUGUUAUCCAUCAGAAAUUAUUACCAUUGCAUCCACCUUUAUUUUCUGCAGAGUUUUUAAUUAUCAAUGAUAUUGGUACACUGCUAGCAGUAGCAGGAUCCAGUGGAAUUUUAGUAUUGGAACUUCUCCCAAGAUGUCCCCCUUAUGGAGCAUUUGAUAAUAAUAAAGAAGUGGUCUAUUGCACAACUCAUAGCUUAGAUGAACGUUUGUUAUCGUGUAAUGAGAUGAUUGAGCUGAGACAGGCAAAGUUUCAUCCAGGAAGUAUUAAUCACAAUCAUAUAUUAGUACUAACUUCUGAUAAUAUGUUGAGGUUAUACCAAAUAAAAAAUGGUGAAGCUUUAAAGGUGGCUGUAUAUACUGUAGGAGAAAAACCAACAAGUUUAUUUCCGGGCACCAAGACUCCUUUUUUGGACUUGUAUGGAGAGGUAGCUGUUGACUUUGAUUUUGGACAACCACAAAUUAUUGAUAUUCUAGAACAGAAUGAAAAAUCACUUAAGCAUCCGAAAGUUGAAGAAAAAUAUAUUAAUGCUGAAACACAAACUAUAGAAAGGAUAGUUCCAAAAACUUUUGAGAAACCAAAAAUUGAAAAAGAUGAAUAUAAUUUAGUGUGGCCAGUUUUCAUCUUGCAUAGCAAUAUGAAUAUCUAUUAUAUGGAAAUUGAUUUACAAAGACAAUGGAAACCAGUUUUGCAAGGGCCUUUGCCAUUGAUUUCAUUUGAAAAUGAACAAGUGGAAGCAUGUUCACUUAUUUGUCUUAACACACAACCACAAAUAGUAUGCAUUGCAAUAUCAGAUGGUACUUUAUGUCAUUCUAUACUGUUGGAUGAUACAAAUGAAUUUCAAAAUAAUAUCACACAAAAAACUAGUAAGCAGCUUUUAGCUUUUGAAAGUGUCGAGUUGGAAUUGGGAUUAACAAUUAGUGAAUGUAUUGGUAAUAAAUUUAAGUGCCCAAUUAUAUUGAAGAAAGAUGAAUCAAAAUCUGACAGAUAUUAUGCUACCCAUAAUGCAGGAGCACAUUCUGUUACACUUUCCUGUAUUAACGAUCUUCAUGCAUUUUUAAAUGUGCCUGAAGAUUUAAUUUCUAUAGAUGAUAUUUUUUUGAACUCCAGUAAAGCAGAAUAUUUAGUUUGUACAAAGACAGCUACUUCAGAAAAUAGUAACCCAGUAAUAGGGUUUGCUUUGUACUAUGAACCUCCUUCAAUUAUUACCCUUCUCAGUGAUGGCAGUGUGGUUACUCUAGGUGUAUUGUUAGGCAGUUCUUUACCCAAUGUGGAAGAUAUAAUAUUAGAAGAGGAUGUAACUUCCCCACUAAAAAAGAUGCUGCAAGAACCUUUUGAAAAAUAUAUAGAAAACAUUUUGAAGAAGACUUCAACUCAACCAAUUCUGAAAUUACCAAACGUAAAUGAAAAUAAUCAAGAAAAUUGUUAUGAGCUCCUUCAAAGAACGGCUCAAGUUUUUAGAGAUGAAUAUUUUAAAAAUCACAUCAAAGCAAAAGAAGAAUUGGAAAAAAGAAUCCAAACUUUAAGUAUGAUGAAAAGAAACCAGCUCAAAGAAAUAGAACAUAUGAGAAAAGAGAGAGAUGUCUUGAGGGAAAAAGCAAGUAAUUUAGCUGAAAAGUAUGAAGAUAUACAAGACAAGCAAGAUGAACUUUUAAAGAGGUCAGAAAAUUUGUUAAUGUUGGUAUCAAGAAAAAAAAGUUCACCUUCUGAAGCGGAACAAGCAUUUGUUAAAGAACUGGAAAAUUAUGGUGAAAAAAUUGGUCUCUAUGGGGACAAAAUUGAUAGAAUUAAAAAUAAAAUGAAGUAUCAACAAAUUCAGAUGGAAAACUGGAAAUUACAGGAAAUUAAGAAAAUCUCUACAAUAAAUGAAACACAUACCAACACGAUUAAAACUAAUCUUCAAGAGACAACACAAAAAAUUACCGAAAUGAUAAAACAAAUUAAUAGCUUCAAAAAAAAUUUAGAUUUGAAAUAACUUAUUUAAGAAUUGAUAUUUUUUGUAUUGAGAAACGAAAUUAAUAAAACAAUCUAUUUGU